CUUAAUUGAUUUGACGCGUCCCCUCCUUACGCGCCAAAACCGCGACCGUCCGACGCGUCUCACGAAUUUCACCCCACUCUCAAAAGCCCCCCUAGCCACUCUCUAUUCGUCCUUCGCAACAACAACAACAACUUUUGCUGUACCGAGUCCAACAAUGUCUUCCGUUGUCGAUGCAGUCAUCCAUUCCGACGGUCCUCUCCCAUCCAGCGACGGUCAGGCCGGUCGCCGGCGACGUAGCACAAAUCGAUCUUCUUCCAGGCCUCGGGGGCCUCCUUCAGAAAGCGCGGGCGCCAACAGUGAUAUUGAUGGCUACGCUGAGGACGAAGUCGUCGGUGCGAGAGGUACUACUGGAAGAACAUAUACUGCAGGGCCUGAUGCCGAUAUCCCAAGAGUAAUCGAUGUUACUGGAGAGGCCUUGUCGCAGCGGUUUGAGGAGUUCCUAGAAGCAUACGCUGAAGACCCCUCUUCGUCCGGCGCACCAGCAAGCAGUAUACAAACCGACAAAUACUACGUCGCGCAAAUACAUGGGCUCAGAGUUUAUAACCUUUCCACGCUCUAUGUCGAUUUCACACACCUUUUGAGGCACGAAGAUGGCGUGGUUGCAGCUGCUAUUGCUGAUGAGUACUAUCGUUUUCUGCCGUACAUGGUACGCGCCUUGCACAGCUUGAUUCAGAAAUACGAGCCACAAUACUUCAGAGAGCAUCGGCAACCUGCGUCGAAUUCUUCUGCUACCAAUGGAUCCGUCGCUGGGAGCAUGAGUAGCCAGAACGAUUCUACAGCGGACAAGACGCCGAAUCAACAGACUGACAAGAUCUUCACCCUUGCCUUCUACAACCUCCCUCUCGUGUCGCGCGUGCGACAGCUACGAACAACAUCGAUCGGUAGACUGCUCUCCAUAUCUGGAACCGUUACUCGUACAUCGGAAGUACGACCUGAACUGUCUCAGGCUACCUUUAUUUGUGAGGUCUGCAAUACCAUAGUUCCAAAUAUCGAACAGACCUUCAAAUAUACCGAGCCUACACAAUGUCCAAACCGCACUUGUGGUAAUCGUCAGAUGUGGCGACUGGAUAUACGGCAGAGUACUUUCGUGGAUUGGCAGAAAGUGCGUAUCCAAGAGAACAGCUCCGAGAUCCCUACCGGUAGCAUGCCUCGCACAAUGGAUGUCAUUCUGCGCGGUGAAAUGGUCGACAGAGCCAAAGCCGGAGAGAAAUGCAUAUUCACAGGAACAGUUAUAGUGAUUCCCGAUGUGAGUCAGUUCCGGGUACCCGGAGUACGGCCACAGGCAGUAAGAGACGUAGGGAAUGGAUCUCGAGGUGGCGAUGCAGGAGGAAGUGGUGUGAGCGGACUGAAAGAUCUUGGUGUCCGAGACUUGACCUACCGCAUGUCCUUCCUGGCUUGCAUGGUCACGCCAGAUACCUCUACACCAGGUCAAUCUGCCCAGCAACAUCUGAAUGGGCAAGCUGGAAACAUUCUAGCCUCGCUCAACCAGAUUGCGCCUCUUGAGACCACUGCUACAGGUGAAGAAGCUCAAUCCGAGUAUCUUUCAACGUUGUCCCCCGCCGAAAUCGAAGACUUGCGACAGAUGGUUCAUCAGCCAAACAUUUUCAUGAGACUUGUGGAUUCCAUCGCUCCGAUGGUGUAUGGCCACCAGGUUAUCAAGAAGGGGCUCCUGCUGCAACUCAUGGGUGGCGUAAGCAAAGUCACACCUGAGGGUAUGGCACUCAGAGGAGACAUCAACAUCUGUGUCGUUGGUGACCCAAGUACAAGCAAGUCGCAAUUCUUGAAGUACAUCUGCUCUUUCCUGCCUCGUGCCGUCUACACCUCUGGCAAGGCAUCGUCUGCGGCCGGUCUGACCGCAGCCGUUGUGAAGGACGAGGAGACUGGCGAAUUCACAAUCGAAGCUGGAGCCCUGAUGCUUGCAGACAAUGGCAUCUGUGCCAUUGACGAAUUUGACAAGAUGGAUAUCUCAGAUCAAGUCGCAAUCCACGAAGCCAUGGAACAGCAAACCAUCUCCAUCAACAAAGCCGGAAUCCAGGCAACGCUCAAUGCUCGCACAUCGAUUUUGGCUGCCGCAAACCCGGUUGGGGGCCGCUACAAUCGUAAGACGACUCUGCGCGCCAAUGUCAACAUGAGUGCGCCCAUCAUGUCUCGUUUCGAUCUCUUCUUCGUCGUUCUUGACGAAUGCGAAGAGAGUGUUGACCGUCACUUGGCCGAACACAUCGUAAAUAUCCAUCGUCUGCGCGACGAUGCCGUGCAACCACAGUUCAGCACCGCCCAGCUGCAGCGUUAUAUCCGCUUUGCGCGAACAUUCAAGCCUGAAUUCACACCGGAAGCGAAGCAGACUCUGGUCGAGAAAUAUAAAGAGCUUCGUGCCGACGAUGCCCAGGGCGGCAUUGGCCGUAACAGCUACCGCAUCACAGUCCGCCAGCUUGAGAGUAUGAUUCGUCUCAGCGAAGCCAUCGCUAAAGCUACCUGUGUGAGUGAGGUGACGCCUGAAUUCGUACGCGAGGCAUACAAUCUCCUGCGCCAAAGUAUUAUUUCGGUCGAGAAGGACGACGUCGAGGUCGAAGACGACGAGGAUGCUGAGCAGGCAGGGAAUGCUAAUGCUGAUGGAGACACGCCCAUGGCUGAGGACGAGGACGAAGAUAUGGACGAGGCAGGGCCUGCAAGGAGAGAGCCAAGUGCCACACCUGCUAGAGAUGCAGGGGCCAAGGAGAAGACGAAGAUCACUUACGACAAGUACAUGUCUAUUCACAACUUCAUGGUACGCAAAGUCAACGAGGAUCAACGAGAAGCGGAAGAUGGUGUCGAGGAGGAGGACCUUCUGGUGUCGUACCUCGAGUCCAAAGAGCACGAGCUGGAGACGCAAGAAGAUAUGGAAACAGAACGGACGCUCGCAAAGAAGGUGGUGCGGAGGAUGGUUAAGGACAAUAUUCUUAUGCGCAUCCGUGGCGAAGGACUAGCAGACGAGCAAGGCCAGGGUCUGGACAUGGACGGCAAGAUUGUCUAUGUGCUGCAUCCUAAUUGCGCGGUCGAUGAUAUGUAGCUGGGUCUAUGAAUAAUGACGGUAUAGCUGGGGGCAUGGCGGUCGCAGGCUUAAAACGAGGCGGUGUUGAGGAGCCAUGUUUGACCAUCACUGCA